AUGGGAACCGAGAUUGCUUUCGUCGUCGAAGAAGUUAAGUGGAAUGAAGCAUUCUAUGACAUCCACUUUAGCUUCGGGCACACUGAAGAGCCACUUGAGCUAUACGGCAAUCAAAGGAAAAUCCGUCAACGGCGGCAAGAUUCAACAAACCCAACGUCCGCGGAAGCACUCGCUUCAUCCCUGAUACCUGCCGAAGCCGACCCCAGCGUAACUUCUGUCUCAAUAGACCUCUCACACGAGGGCGCGGGACCAGAUUGGUUUCCCACAAUCAAGACCACGAGUCCAGAACUCCCGAUUGAGAUUAGUUGCAAGGACUGCCAGACCAAGGGAAACUUACAACUCUCGCAGGGAGAGUGGGAGCUGGCUCUUAGUGACCUGGAUGAUAUCGAUAGCUUCUCAGACAUCUUCAAGGUGGGAUUUGUACAGUUCAGUAUCAAGGACUUCCUCGCGCAUGUUGAGUUGCAGAUUGUGCCCUCAGUCGAAGGAUCAACCACUUUGGCUCUCUUCAGCCUGCCUAUCCCUGGUGUUACCGGGUUCUCACUCCCCGGCAUAGGCAAGGCCGGCCUCCUAUUUGAACCACAACUUAGUCUGUCGUGGAAACUCACUGGUGGCAUUGAGCUGACCUACGGCUUCGAAUUAGAAAUUCAUAACCUCGACAUAACAAUCGAUUUCUCAGACCUCAAGUCAUCUCGAGUGACAGGCUUCAAUGACAUCAACCUCUCCGACCUCCCAUUCGAAGCCAACAUCACAGACAUCGAACUCUCCAUCGGCAUCGCACUUCAACCACGCGUGACCCUCGGCGUAGAAAUCUUCAAAGUUGCGAGCGCAGUGACCGCCCUAACAGUUGAUCUGCCCAAAACCACCACUGUCCUCAAGCUGAUCGCCACCGACACCUUCAACGUCAACUGCGAGCCACUAUCCGCGACCAACGCCACCAGGACAACCACAGAAACUACACAGGGCUCAUCUUCCGACCAAGCAGCACUACAAGACUUCUUCCCCAACCUGACACAUAUCACGACCGACAGCGAGGUCAGCAUCGGCCUCGAUUUGCUCGCCAGCACAACAUUCGACCUGAGCGUGAUCAACGUCAAGAACCUGGAGUUCAGCUCUUCCCUCCCACUGGCGUCGACUCGGCUGGACCGUCUGGCCGCCACGCAGUGCUUGGUCUUCCAGCCCGAGGCCACGGUCACUGGUGGGCCGGCGUUUGCGGUCGCGACCAAGGCGCUUGCGGACGCCAGGAGUGUGGCUGCUGCGAGGGCGGCGAGUUCAUCUUCGUCGUCCGCUGCGGCGGCUGCUUCCGCGUCGGCGUCGAAUCCUGGGGAACCUGGGCUGGGAGAGGAAAAUGCCGCCCAGAGCUUGCGAGUUGUGGGUUUGAGUUCUUGGAUGCACUGGCUUGAGUUGUAUGGUACUGUGCUCGUGGGGACUUUGUACUUUAGCUUAUGA